CUUUGUUUAUUAAAUGAUUAUUAUUAACUAUAUAUGUUGAAUAAGAAAUUAAGCAUUUAAUUAUUAAGUAGAAAAUGUCUAAACAAAUGAGAAAUUGACUGAUAACAAUUAAAUUUUAUUACGUAUUAUCAAUUUUUAUUAGUUUAUUAUAUUUAUAAAGCAAAAAUAGGUUUUAUUGUUAGUGUACAUAAGAUGUUGUCAGUUAUUAAUCGUCAGUAUUAAACAAAUAAAGCUUAUUUAUUCAAACUUCAAGGUCAAGAUUACCAAAGAAUAUUUGAUUAAUUCUGAAAUAUUUAUUGAGCUUUUCUUCUUGUUAUUCUUGAAAGAAUUUUUCAAUUAUAUCGAAAAUUGAAUGCUUCGUUUAUUUUCAUAGUAUAUCAUUUUUAAUAUAUAAUAAUAAAGAUUCGAAUUCGUAAUGUUUUCUUCUUCGAGAAUAGUGUUUGUGAAUAAAAGGUUUUUGUUACAGUCAAGAAAUGUUUUAAAACAUUUUAAAUGCGCUGCAAGUUACAAAUCACAAUCUCAGGAAAAUAAAGACGACUGCAAUUCAUUUUUUGGAAGUGUAAACAAUUAUCAAAGGUAUUUUGUCAGCAGUGCUAUUACUCUAUCUGCUUUAGGGGCCUAUUAUCUCUAUAAUUCAGAAUUGAAAAAAGUAUUUGCCUUAGAAAAAAAUAUAUGCGGAUCACGAAGAAAUGAUUUGCGAACAUACACGGCAGAGGAGGUGGGUAAGCAUGACAGUAAAAAAACAGGCAUUUGGAUAUCGUACAAAGAAGGUGUUUACGAUAUCACGGAUUUUGUCGAUAAACAUCCGGGGGGACCGAAAAAAAUUAUGAUGGCUGCUGGCAGUUCAAUUGAACCAUUUUGGAAUAUAUUUGCCAAUCAUCAUCAAAAUGAUAUUUAUCAAUUACUCGAGUCAAUGAGAAUUGGAAAUCUUUCGCAGAAAGAUGUUAAUUUAGGGGAAAAUAAAGCUGAUGAUCCUUAUGCGAAUGAGCCGAACAGGCAUAAGGCUUUGAUAAUUAAUGGACAUAAACCAUUUUGUGCAGAACCACCUUCUUCUUUACUUGUCGAGAGUUUCGAAACGCCCACAGAAUUGUUUUACGUGAGAAAUCAUUUGCCAGUUCCGGAAAUCGAUAUAAAUGAUUACUCAUUGGAAUUGUCGAUGGAGGACGUGACAAAAAAGACAUUAAAUUUAGAAGAAUUGAAAAAAUAUCCAAAGUACAGUGUAACGAGUGCUAUAAUGUGCGGUGGUAAUCGAAGAUCGGAAAUGGCUUCUGAGAAGCUCCUAAAAGGUCUCAGUUGGAGUGUCGGGGCAGUUGGAAAUGCCACCUGGUCAGGAGCUAGACUUUGUGAUGUUCUGAAAGAUCUGAAAGUCGAUGAAGAAAAAUACAAUCACGUUCAGUUCGAAGGUUUGGAUUACGAUCCAUCUGGUUCGCCUUAUGGCUCGAGUAUUCCAAUUGGCAAAGCUCUAGAUCCCAGAUCGGAUGUGAUUCUUGCUUAUGAAAUGAAUGGUGAAGCGAUACCUCUCGAUCAUGGAUUUCCAGUUCGAGUUAUUGUUCCCGGAGUUGUUGGUGCGAGAAAUGUUAAAUGGCUAGGAAAAAUUAUAAUUUCGAAGGACGAAAGUCCUGCACAAUGGCAGCAAGGCGACUACAAGGGCUUCUCACCUUCAACAACUUGGGAAACUGUCGAUUUUUCAAAAGCUCCAGCCAUUCAGGAAAUGCCCGUUACAUCAGCAAUUUGCGUUCCCGAAUCGGGAGAAAAAGUUUCCGUCAAGAAUGGAAAAAUUUCAGUGAAAGGCUACGCUUGGUCUGGAGGUGGGAAAAAAAUCAUCAGAGUCGAUAUAACGGCUGAUAAAGGUGAAACUUGGCACACGGCCGAUUUAAUAGCAGAGGACCCAAAGGCAAAACCAGGACGUUAUUACAGUUGGAGUCUAUGGAGUUUAGAAUUACCAGUUGAUAUCAAAAAUAAGGAAAUAGAAAUCUGGGCAAAAGCCGUCGAUUCCUCCUACAACGUUCAACCGGAAAGUUUCAAGAACAUUUGGAAUCUCCGAGGUUUUCUCUGCAAUGCCUAUCAUAGAGUAAAAGUACAAAUAUAGAACAAUUUUUUUUGGAUUAAACAAAAAAGACUGAUAAAGGUUAGUAUUUAUUUCAUAUCGAAAUUUUUUAUCUAGCCAAAAAUAAUUUACGUACAAAAUUAAAUCUUUAAUAUUAUAAUUUAAUGAAAAAUUCAAUCAUCAAUUAUAUAUAAUUUUUU